UAUAGAGUGGGUUUCCACACUUGGUGCUGUUUGAAUGAAGAAAACAGAUGGGCCGUAAAAAAAGCUUGGGUUUCACAAAGCAUACAGCACUGUGCAUGGUUAUCCAUGCGGUUAGAGGGACUCAAGUUUGCUUGAGCGCUUACAUUACAAGUACCAUAAAUUUACCUUUUUCAACAACAAUAUGUGCAGAAGUUCAUAUAAACUGGAGUGAGAAGACAAUUCUCGGGGAAUAAAAUGUGGACUUUGUGGUGAUUUCUCAUUGAUGUUUGUUCUUUCAGAGUUUAGAGAAAACUCUUGGAGUUGGAACAACCUGUUGAUUGUUGGUAACACAACUGGAUGGGAACAAUGAUCUCGCCAACGACAACCAAGAAGUGUCAUGAGUGUGAGGUGACACGGUUUUCUCAGCCAGCUAGGCCCGGGCCAGUGAGACAAUGUCUGAGUUGCUCGGUGUCUGUAGACAUGGAGGAGGGUUACCGUGAUAAUUUGGCGCUACCUUGGUCCCAGAGUUUCAGUGGCCCAACCAAGACCAAGAACAAGCCGGAGUGCCUGAUGCGCCAAAAGUCCCUCCAGAAAAUCAUCCACCAGGUGAACAUGUUUAAGAAAAGGAAACUGAAGCGGCUUGUGGACAAACACGGCACCUGUAACGUUGUGCAGAACACUAAGGCGUCUUACACCAUCAAUUUCAUCAACGACCUGUUCACCACCAUAGUUGACUUACGAUGGCGGAUGUUGCUCCUGUUUUUCAGUCUGGCUUAUCUUGUCGGCUGGGCGGGAUUCAGCGGUCUUUGGUACUGUCUAGCCUGGUUGCAUGGCGACUUAGGAUAUCUCAGCCACGAUGACGUGGAGUUCGUGCCUUGCGUGGCCAACGUGGACAGCUAUGUUGGCGCAUUCUUGUUUUCCAUUGAGACGCAGACGACCAUUGGUUACGGUUACCGUUCCGUCACUGAGGAAUGCUGGCUGGGACCUACCUUGGUCGUCAUCCAGUCGGUUUUCAGUGCGUUGGUCGACGCCAUCCUCGUCGGUUGCAUAUUCGUCAAAAUCGCCCGUCCUAAAAAGCGCGCAGCUACCAUCAAGUUCAGCCACAAUGCUGUGAUCGCCAAGAGAGACGGCAAACUCUGCCUCAUGUUCCGCGUCGCCGAUAUACGGAACAGUCACCUCUUUGGCACGGUGAUUCGUGCCAAACUAGUUCGGCCGCGCAUCACCCAGGAGGAGGAAUGCAUCCCUCUUCAGAGUUAUCCCAUAGACGUUGGCGCAUCAACAGGCGAGGAUAACCUCCUUCUAGUCUGGCCUCUCAUCAUUUGUCACGUCAUUGACGAAAAGAGCCCGAUGUACAAGUACUCUUACUACGACCUGUUGGAGAACUCGUUUGAAAUCGUCAUCUGUCUCGAGGGCAUCGUGGAGCAGACUGGGCUACUCACUCAGGUGCGAAGCUCCUACCUCCCGUCAGAGAUCAAGUGGGGCCAUCGAUUCAGCAGUCACGUUGUGUCCAUGGCGGACACAGAUGACAAGCUUAGCGUGGACUACUCGAAGUUCAACGCCACCUAUCCCGUGAGCGACACACCAAAAUGCAGUGCGUACGAGCUUGACGUAAUGAAGAAAACUGGGAAGUCCUUUCAGCCAACGAUGGCGAACGGAAAUGCCGGUGGGAGGCAGAGGAGGAACGACAAAGGUAACACCGGAGUAUCCGAGGAAAGAGGGUUUUACCAAGAGCCAUCUGAUGAUGAUGAAGAAGGGGAGAAAUACACAGACAAGGAGGAGGAACAUUCACCAAUGCACAAUGAAGAAACGAUGAGAUAUGUGUAUGUCAAUGAAAUAGCAUCACCUAUUACUACACCAACGAUAGCAGGAGUGAAUAGCUGGGACUUCAUGGAAUCUAAUAUCUGAUGUGGUUUCCAUGUGGUAAAUAUUCUCUACGCAAAUAUAUGCUUGUAUUUUUAGGGGGGGGAGGGGGCUGUACAUAAAUCCUUGUCUAUUUGGUCUGCAUAUAUCAUUUAAUCCACAGAGAAUCUAUGCAACUUUGACACUUUUCAUCCAAUUGGAGACAGGGUCCAUUUUUAUUUAAAGGAAAUACUAACUGUGAAUACUAAUAAAGUUAUUUUUAUAAAAUCUCCACAGCAAACUAUGCAACCUUUUAAUACAUUUAACAGGCAUGAGAAUGAAUUUCAGUGAAAAAAAAUGGAAACUUAAGCAAAGACAGGAAAUAAGAUGUGAAAUCAGGCCAAAAAAACCUCAAAACAAAACAGGCUCAAAACAAAUAAUAACGCGAAACUUUGGGCAACCAAGAAAAACCAGGAAUUCCUGUUUAACAAGGAAGAUUCUCAUGCCUGAUUUAAGAGUUACAUGAAACUCAAAACUCAGUGGCCUAAAAACCAAAUAUUUUUGUCAAAACAAGAAAUUCAGUUCAAAACAACUCUGUAUUGGAAACCCUACUUUAUGAGCUUUAUGGCAAGAAGUCUACCAAACUUUGCCCCCCAAAAAAACUAGUUUCAGAAUUCAGAUCUACAUGUAAAUAGAACUUUUAGAACUUUGUAUGAUCUAAACAUUUGAUAUUUUUUCUUUUAAUUAAUGAAUAGCAUUCCAUUGAUGACAUUUUUGUGCAAUGAGAUAAAAAAAACAGUCAACUUUUUUUUUUUUUUUAAGUUCUCUAAAUCAAAUCUUGUAUUUACAAACAUGGAUUACAAGCCAAUGUAUAUAUAGUUUCUGUAAAUUGUUUUGAAAAGUCCAUUGACUCUGUGCACAAACUAGGCCCACAGUACUGCAGAAAGUGAGCAAAAGUCUUCUCUAACAAUAAUCACUAUACACGGUAUCUCCAAACAAAACUGUAGCAGUCAAACAACUUUUUUUUGCUGAGGAAACUUAAUUGUUUCUUUUCUUUGGUAAAAAAAAAAUUACCAUGAGAUGAUAGAAUACUUCUUUACCCUUGACAGACUUUUGUUCUGUGUGAUUUGGACCUUUUCUUUGAAAGUUGCGGCAAAGCUUGUAAAGACUGUCAAAAUCUGUUAAGGCCACUUUCUUCACCCUCUUGGUAUGUGAAUGCCUUUCAAUAGAUACCAAGUGGCCCAAC